UGUGUGUUGUGGCUUUAACAGGGGGAAUCUGGACACUGUGUCUGUCUGAAAAGGACCCUCUGCAGGCAGGCAGGCCGUGCUCCACAGCUCCUGCUCCUCUCAGAUGUGCUUUUUUACCAAAUGGAAGCAGAGGUGUUGAACCCCGCGAUGAUGGCGGACGUCAGCUGCGGCAGUAAAAUCACCAACGCGGAGCUGGAGGUGUUAAAGCUUCAAGAAUUGGUGCGAAAACUGGAGAGGCAGAAUGAACAAUUGCGGAGCCGAGCGAGCGCUGGGAACAAUUGCUCCGCCGGCCCUCGUCACCUCCAGAGCCCUCUGUCUUGUCUGCACGGCGCCACGGCGCGUCUGGGGGACCAUUUCUCCGUUAAAUACGACCUUUCCAGUCCCGCGCAGUCCCUGCUGUGUGCGUCCGAGAGCCGGGGGUCGGCCGAGGAGCCGUUCGCCUAUUUCCAGCCGAGCUCCGCGUCUCCUGACGCCGCCGAGCAGGGGGACGGAGGAGCCACUGUUCUGGACGAGGUGGAUGUUUUGGACCUGGACACGGUGCUCUCAGUUGGAGAGACUGAGAGCUGGCUUUAUGUGUCUCCUAAAGCUAAGCUCAAGAGUGAAAGCRUCAUCAGCCCUUUCCAGUGGUGUAGGCAGGUCCUGGACCAUCCUGGGCCUGAGGUGGAGCUGGCUAAGAUGACCUUCUGUCACAGACUUGAUCAAGCGAAACGGUGGCGAGGAGUCUCGUCUGUGCGUCCGUACAGCUGCAUCGAGGGGCUCUCCACCCUCAGCUGCCCCGUCCUGCCUUACACUAAACCUGCUUCACUAACCGAGAGCCCAGCUACGUUGGUGUCAUCGAGUCAGCCUGCAGUCCAGCCGACUCCCCCUCUCAGGACUGGCUGCAGCGUCAGCGACAGAGCGCCCACCUUUCUGUCAAACGCCGCUCUUCUCAACGUAGGUCGCCGCCACGCAUCCAUCACGCCGCAGUCGUCACUGGACAGUGAGGUGGGCGUGUCUGAGCUGGAGGAUGACUCCAUCUCUAUGAGCUACAAACUGCAGGACAUGACAGACGUGGAAGUCAUGGCACGACUUCAGGAGGAGAGUCUCCGACAGGACUACGCCUCUACCUCAGCCACGGCCAGCCGUCGCAGCUCCAGCUUCUCCCUGCACUCCUUCAGACGCAGCAGCGAGAUGGACCUGGAAGAGGAGGAGGAGGACGACGACGAGGGGUACGACCAGCUCCCGCCCCCGCAGCCCCGACUGUUCCGCACCGGCUCCACGCAGCGGAGCGGCCUGCCCCACUCCCACACCUUCUCCAGCAUCAGGGACUGCAGACGCAGCUCACAGUUUUCACUCAGCGGACUCUCUCCGUUCUCCGGAGCCUCCGGCCUGAUCGCAGAGAAUCACUCAGCAUACAGGAGCAACGCAGACAAGCUACAAAGAAGCAUGCCCAACCUGAUCCGAGCUCCCAGCAUGUCCAGUGUUCCCAGUAUUCCAUGCCUGGUUUCCCCUGCCAACCCGCCCUCCCAUGGCCCUUCCUCUUUGCCAACGAUGCCCUCCCUCCGCAGCAGCCAAAGUUUUGACUCCUCCAGUGGACUGGCUCGCCUGCAGUCCUCCAUCCCUCCCCCGGGCCAGCUCAGUCAGCGAGUCCAGAGCGUUGGAAACUUCCCCUCCCCUCCCCGGCACCCACUGAAAGCCACGGCCUACGUGAGCCCCACCGUGCAGCAGGGUCCCACCUCCCUGUCCACCUCUACCAGUUUAAACUCCAUCCCCAGCAGCGCGGCGUCUCUCCAGCCCCUCAAAGCCAGCAGCAGCAGCUUGCUGCCACUAAGCCUUAAAGCCAGCACCAACCAGGCCGCCGCCCCCCGCAGCUCUCUGCCUCGCCCGGCCUCCCUGAUCGGAACAAGCGGACUUCCUCGUGCGAGUAAAAUCAUGCAACCCACACGCAGCUUGCUGGCUCCUCCUAAGAGCCUGGCUGCUCUGAGCGCCCUGAGGGACGGCAGCUGGAAGGACGGCUGCUACUGAAGCCAAAUGAAGUGACGUCUGAGAGGUGCACACAGGGUAACGGUGCUUGGGACCCCCGCUGAUUUAAAGCUGCCAGGAGUGACUGUUAAUGUGAAUAAAAAAGCACUACUAAAGGACAAAACAGAGACCGGGAACAGUUCUGAUCCAGCGGGCUGGAUCUGUACACAGAUUAACACAUAAUGACAAUAACAGGCAAUACUCUGACA